AUGCUCAUCGACAAUGUGGAACAGGACCCCGAGAAGCAGCAAGAUGUGACUAUCAUAAGCCCCCAGCAAUCCUUAGAUUCAGAAUCUAUUGAAGAGAAGGAUGCGAUAAUGAUGGCCGAUAACUUUGACGCAAUGAGGAAACAUCUGCUUCCGGAUGAUCCAGCGUUCGAAACAGAGGAUGAGACUACUUUUACAUGGAAAAUCGAAAAUUGGCGUAAGAUGGAGAGAAGGUCACAUAGUCCAAUUUUCGAGUGCGGUGGUGAUCCUUGGCGUGUUUUGUUUUUCCCACACGGAAAUAAUUGCGAAUACGCUUCAUUCUAUCUCGAGCAGGGGUAUGCAGAAAAACCUCCAGAGAACUGGUACAAAUGCGUGCAGUUUGGAUUAGUCCUGUGGAAUCCUAAUGAUCCUUCUGUCAACACAAUACAUCACGCUCAUCAUCGCUUUACUGCAGAGGAAGGGGAUUGGGGUUUCACUAGGUUCGUUGAACUACGGACGUUGAUGGCUAAAACAAAGGAUAACCACUGCCCAUUGGUCGAGAAUGAUCGCGCAAAUUUGACCGCAUAUGUUCGAGUUGUUAAAGAUCCAACGGGCGUUCUAUGGCACAAUUUCGUCAACUAUGAUUCAAAGAAAGAAACAGGAUUUGUGGGGCUGAAGAAUCAAGGUGCUACUUGUUACUUGAACUCUCUCCUUCAAUCCUUGUAUUUCACAAACAGUUUUAGAAAAGCUGUACAUCAAAUUCCUACUGAAGGCGAACCACUCUCCAACAGCGCACUUACACUUCAAAGAUUGUUUUACCUUCUUCAAACCUCCAAUGACGCUGUAGGAACCCGUGAGCUCACGCAGUCGUUUGGCUGGGAAACCCAGGACAUUUUUGCCCAACAGGACGUUCAGGAGUUAAACAGAAUAUUGAUGGAGAGCCUGGAACAAAAAAUGAAGGGGACAGAGGCUGAGAACUCUCUUACGAAGUUAUUUGUCGGGAAGACAAAAACUUACAUCAAGUGUAUAGACGUGGAUUAUUCAUCGGAAAGAGUCGAAGAUUUCUGGGAUAUCCAGCUGAACGUUCGAGGAUUCAAUAACCUAGACGAGUCUUUUAGGGACUAUAUUGCUGAAGAGACAAUGGACGGUGAAAACAAGUACUAUGCAGAAGGUUACGGUCUUCAGGAAGCAAAGAAAGGCGUAAUUUUUGAAAGCUUCCCGGAAGUACUGCAUUUACACUUGAAGCGGUUUGAGUAUGACUUCAAUACUAUGCAAAUGCAGAAGGUCAACGAUCACUACGAAUUUCCCGAAGAGUUCGAUGCUUCACCUUAUCUUUCAGAAAACGCGGACCGAUCAGAACCUUACGUAUAUGUUCUUCACGGUGGUGAUCUUAAUGCGGGUCAUUAUUAUGCCUUUCUAAGACCUGAGGAGGAUGGCCCGUUCUUCAGGUUCGAUGAUGAUCGCGUAACCAAGGCGACUUUGAGAGAGACCAUGCAAGAUAAUUUUGGAGGUCAUUACGGUCCAAGCGCCAAUGGGCCUGUGCGAAAUCAGUAUACCAGAGUGGCAUCUCUGAAAAAAUCGAUGAACGCCUAUAUGUUAGUUUAUUUACGAAAGAACAAAAUCGGUGAAAUCUUGCCCCCACUCACCGAAAAAGACACGCCUGCACACCUUCAAAAAAGAAUAGAGGAAGAGAGGGCUAUUCGUGAGCAGAAAAGAAAAGAGAAAGAAGAACAACAUCUAUACCAAAAUGUUAAGGUCAUCACCCAAAAUCAAUUCAAGGCUCACCAAGGAUUUGAUCUUGCACAUUGGGAUGAGAAAGAGCAACCGGACGAGGCCCAGCCUAAAAUUUAUCGGAUACCAAAGGCCUCUCCGGUACAGGAGCUUGUAGAAAAGGUGGCCGGGGACCUUGGUGUUGAUUCAAGCAGGGUCAGGCUAUGGGUAAUGGUUAACAGGCAAAACAAAACCGUUCGCCCCGAUCAACCCAUUACUACUGUUGACAUGACUAUCGAAGAGGUCUCCGUCAAGCACAAUAACAAGUCGACCGAUUUCCGACUUUGGGCAGAAGUUGCCAACAAUACCGACAACAAACUCCCGGAAUCAUGGAGCCAAGCCCGUGAUUCGAAUGGCGCCUGGAUCGUUGUCUUCCUGAAGCAUUUUGAUGCCGAAGAGCAGACACUUCUGGGUGUAGAUCAUGUAUACAUGCGUAAGAAUGACAAAGUGGCAGAGUUGCCACCUGUGAUCCAAGCAUUGAUGGGAUGGCCAUCAAGUCAGCAAAUCAAACUUUAUGAGGAAAUUAAACCUUCAAUGAUUGAGCCAAUGAAACCUAAGCAAACAUUUCAGCAGGCCGAAAUCCAAGACGGCGACAUCAUAUGUUUCCAGAAAGUAUAUAACGAGAAGGAGCAACUUUCACUCUUGCAGAAAAGCGCUAUGUUCGACGCAAAGGACUUCUAUGACUACUUGGUAAACAAGAUGAAAAUUAAAUUUAUACCUAGGUUUUCAAAUCAAGAAGUGAACCGCAUCUUCGAGCUCACUUUAAAUAAGAAAAUGAGUUAUGACCAGCUUGCCGAUAAAGUAGGCGAUUAUUUGGAUGCUCCGCCGACCCAUCUUCGUUUUACCACCAUGAACGCCAACACCGGAACCGCUCGGACAAUCGUCAAAAGGAACCCCAAUACCAAUCUUCAGCAGAUGUUAGUCAAUCAGUAUUAUGCCAACUCAACUUUAUCCCCCAACAGCUUGUUUUACGAGGUCUUGGAACUGUCAUUGACAGAACUCGAAACAAAAAAAGUUGUCAAGUUGAUGUGGUUACCUGAAGGUAUCUCAAAAGAAGAGCAACUUGAGGUGCUAGUCCCCAAAAGUGGACAGGUCCAAGACAUUAUUCCACUAUUACAGCAAAAGUUGGCCCUCGACGAAGAGAAAGUUCAGGGGAUACGGUUCUACGAGUCGCAUCUUGGAAAGUUCCAAAAGGAGCUAGCACUUCAUUUCAGUGUGGCUGGAAUUCAGGAGUAUAUGACACUGUUCGCCGAGCGAAUACCAGAAGAAGAGAAUGAGAUGACUGAUGAUGAUCGGUUCAUCUACGCAUUUCAUUUCCACAAAGAGCCAAGCAAAUGUCACAAUUCGGGGAUCCCGUUUAAGUUUGUGAUCAAAAACGGCGAAAUUUUCGAGAAGACAAAGGAGCGUUUGCAAGCACGGACAGGGAUUAAGGGAAAGCCGUUUGAGAAGAUUAGAUUUGCAGUGGUCAAGAAAACCCAGUUCUCAAAGCCUAUAUUCCUCGAAAAUGAUGACAUACUUUCAGACAUUGCUUCGGAUAGCGAUGAUAUGCUCGGCUUGGAUCACCCUGACAAGAACAGUCGCGGGAACUGGGGCAGAGCUGGGGGACCAGAAAUUCGAAUCAAAUAG